UUGAAGAGCAGCUUGCCAAGAGAGUUCAAGAAAUGCUAAGGAGCUCCAGAAAAGCUGAAACAAUGAAAAGUCAGGUACAGUUUCUCUUCCUGCUGUCUUUGUUGUGCAGGGCGAUCUCCCAGCAGAUCUACUAUUCGAUUCCAGAGGAGCUGGCCAAGGGCUCGAGGGUGGGGAACUUGGCCAAGGAUCUGAGACUCAGUGUCCAGGAGUUGCCAGCUCGAAAACUGAGAAUUAGUGCAGAAAAUUUUUUCAACGUGAGUGCAGAGAAUGGGGAUUUGCUAGUGAGUGGUAGGAUAGAUCGAGAGCAGAUUUGCGGAAGGAAAUUAGAGUGUGUGCUAGAAUUUGAAAUGGUUGCUGAAAACCCCAUGGCUAUUUUCCAUGUGAGCGUUGCAAUUCGAGACAUUAAUGACAAUGCGCCGCAUUUCGUUGCAAAAGGCAUUGACUUGGAAAUCUGUGAGUCAGCCUUACCAGGGGUAAAAUUCCCUCUGGAGUCUGCACUAGAUGCAGAUGUAGAAAGUAACUCACUGAAGACAUAUUCCAUCAACCACAAUGAGCACUUCUCUCUGUCAACAAAGGAAAGCCCUGAUGGAAGUAAAUACCCAGAAUUACUGCUGGAAAAACCUCUGGACAGAGAACAGCAGAGCUCCCACAAUUUAAUCCUGACUGCCAUGGAUGGUGGAGACCCUCCCCUAAGCGGCACUACCCAGAUCCGGAUACAGGUUACCGAUGCCAAUGACAAUGCUCCAGUGUUUAGCCAGGACACAUACAGGGUUAGCCUCAAGAGAACGUGCCCGGGAACCUCUGUGCUGCGAGUCCUGGCCACUGACCAGGACCAGGGUGUUAAUGCAGAAAUCACCUAUGCCUUCCUUAAUGCCCCAAGUACCAGGCUCCUCUUCGUUCUUGAUCCAAAUACUGGCGACAUUACAACCAACGGUACAUUGGACUUUGAAGAGGCCAGUAGGUAUACGUUGGGUAUAGAAGCCAAGGAUGGAAGGGUACACACAGCUCAUUGCAAUGUUCAGGUUGAAAUUGUUGAUGAGAAUGACAAUGCCCCAGAAGUGACAUUCAUGUCCAUCUCUAACGAGAUUCCUGAGGGCUCAGAUGUUGGAACCAUAGUUGCCCUCAUUAAAGUGAGAGACCAGGAUUCUGGGCAAAAUGGUCUGGUGACAUGCUCUAUUCAGGAAGAAGUUCCCUUCAAAUUAGAAUCCACCUCUAAGAAUUAUUACAAGCUAGUGAUUGAUGGUGCCCUGGACCGGGAGGAGAGGGCGGAGUACAAUAUUACCGUCACAGCCACGGACAAGGGCGAGCCACCCCUCUCCUCCAGCUCAAGCAUCACCCUGCACAUCGGUGAUGUCAACGACAACGCUCCGGUUUUCCAGCAGGCCUCCUACGAGGUCCACGUGGCGGAGAACAACCCGCCCGGCGCCUCCAUCGCGCAAGUGAGCGCUCGCGAUCCCGACCUGGGGCCCAACGGCCACGUCUCCUACUCCCUCGUGGCCGGCGACCUGGAGCCGCGCGCGCUGGCGUCCUACGUGUCCGUGAGCGCGCAGAGCGGCGUGGUGUUCGCGCAGCGCGCCUUCGACCACGAGCAGCUGCGCGCCUUGGAGCUGACGCUGCAGGCCCGCGACCACGGCUCGCCCGCGCUCCGCGCCAACGUGAGCCUGCGCGUGCUGGUGGGCGACCGCAACGACAACGCGCCCAGGGUGCUGUACCCGGCGCUGGGGCCCGACGGCUCGGCGCUCUUCGACACGGUGCCGCGCGCCGCGCAGCCCGGCUACCUGGUGACCAAGGUGGUGGCGGUGGACGCGGACGCGGGGCACAACGCGUGGCUGUCGUACCACGUGCUGCAGGCCAGCGAGCCGGGCCUCUUCAGCCUGGGGCUGCGCACGGGCGAGGUGCGCACGGCGCGGGCCUUGGGCGAGCGGGACGCGGCCCGCCAGCGCCUGCUGGUCGCGGUGCGCGACGGGGGCCAGCCGCCCCUGUCGGCCACCGCCACGCUGCUCCUGGUGUUCGCGGACAGCCUGCAGGAGGCGCUGCCGGACCUGGGGGACGCUCCUGCCCCUUCGGACGCCCAGGCUGAGCUGCAGUUGUACCUGGUGGUGGCCUUGGCGCUGAUCUCGGUGCUCUUCCUGGUGGCGGUGAUCCUGGCGGUGGCCCUACACGUGCGACGCUCCUCCAGGCCCGCGGCCUGGGGCUGCUUUCAGCCUGGCCUCUGUGUCAAGGCCGGGCCCGUGGGUCCCCCCAACUACAGUGAAGGAACGUUGCCCUAUUCCUACAAUCUGUGUGUUGCCUCGCAUUCAGCAAAGACCAACUUAGAUUUUCACAACCUGACCACGGAAACAGCUCCUCCUCUGGAUCUCCUCGGUGAAGAUGCUUCUAUGGAUAUAUGUGCUAAUAAUGAAGACCCCGACAUCGCUCAUGAUUCCUCUUUUUCCUGUCACGUGAGUUUCUGCACACUUACUUAAAUUUUAUUACUUUAUUUUAUUCUCGGGAGUGCAUCAUUAGUUUGGAUCCUUGUUCAUUGUUCUAGUGAGGGUGGUGGGAGAGGAAAUGCAUUGGAUGGGUGGAGAUUGCUCCGUAGUCUGGUCAGUUACCUAAUUACUACUUCUCAAUGUGUACUCUUGGCAUUUCUCUAUGGUCAGCAAAUCAUGUUAAAGACAGCCUUUUCUUGGAUGUCACCAGCCUUAGUAAUUGCAUUACCCUUAUUUAGUUGAUGUGUGAUAUUCUUUUUUUUCCCCCAAGUUUUCCUCUCUAUAAAUGUAUUGACAGCUCUUCCGGACCAAGUUAAAGUUUAUGUUCAUCAAAUACAUUCUAGUUGUUUAUCUUUGAGAUAUGUAUUUCUAAUAUAAUCUUCCAGUAAUUAAGUCUCUUAGCACUUUUUUUUUUUUUUUUUGCCUUAUCGCAUAUAGCAAAGACUGCCAGGUUUUACAUUUGGUUCAUUAACUUUGGGUCUUUAUUCCCACUUCAUAAUCUGUCAAGAAUAAUUUUCUUGACCAUUCUUAAAUAAUUUCACACCCUUUCUACUUUGUUGCUAUCGUAAUAAGGAAUGUAAUGAACGUUGUUGUAUAUAGAUCCUUUUCUAUUUUUCUCCUUUUUAGUAUAAGUUUAUGAGAAGUGGGUUAAAUUUUUUCAAAAUAUUUUCUCUUACAUCCCAACCCCCAGCAACUUGUGAGUCCUUUGAGGAUUGUGAAAAAUGCCUUUAAUCUACUCUCCAAAGUCUGGAAAUGUAAAAACUCUGAAUAGCUAAUGGAUUUUUGUGUGUUGCUAAAAUUUAUGAGUAAUUUCUAGAAACUAAUUAUAUGAGUAAUAAUCUAAAGAACUGGCUACUUGCUGCUUUAUCUCAAGUUUUCUCAGAUCAGUAAAUUACUCUAAGUAUUCAUGAAUAAGAAAACUACAAAGAUGCAAUGAUACUAUAUAUACAGUUACUAAGAUAUUUCCUUUUCCUGGCUAUUUCUAAAUCAAAACCAAACUUAUAAAUAGUAGUAAAACAGUACCUUCUGGAUGUGUCCUAAUGUGGAAAAGUCGCUGAAACAUUGUUUCUCUUUACAGGGCUUUAAAGUUUAACUUUUCUUUCUUCCUGCUUUAUUAUUUAUUUUUAAGGUCAGUUAUUUACACAUUGUUUUAGGCUUUGCAGCUGCAUUAGUAACUUAUUCAUUAAACAUUGAAAAGCUAUUUCAGUGGAUACUCUAUGAAAAGAGCUGCUUUGUGCCGCACAGGGAAAUGUGUGUGAUUGAAUGAUUUUCUUGUGCAACAGAACUUGAUGAAACACUGUGAAUCAACUAUACUUUAAUAAUAAUAAAAAUGGUGUAUCUCCAAGAAAAGAAAGGUGCUAUUCAAGAGUUUGAGGACUCAGUGUGAACAUAAUAAUCAAACCAUAAUAACUGUAGCCUAGAAUCUUCUUAUAUAAAAUGAAUGAACAAAUGCCCUUCCCAAAGCUGCGAUAUAUGCCAAGCCCUUUUGCACACUAAGACUAGCUCUUGAGCAGUAGAUGUUUUCUUACAAGAGAGUUGAAAAGUUGUCCCAGAUUCCAAAGUGUCAACCCAUGUGAGGAAACUUCUCUCUGCCUAGGUUAGGGACUGGAGCCCAGACUCCAACUCCUGGACAUCAUCUUUUCAUCUAUUUAUUCUUUUAUUCUUCAAGUAUAACCUUGUUCCUUGGAGGGAUAACUAUGUCCCUUAUGCUGUACACUGUGUUGAAACUGGGGUAUGAGAAUUAAUAAAGCAAAAACUUAAAACAAGUAGAAAAAAAUUCUUAGCAAAAAAAGAAAAAAAAACUUGUCUCUGAAAAAAAUUAUAAUUGCACAGAAGGCUUGGAUCAUUUCUUGAUUUUCAUUGCAAGUUAAACAUCAGGUAUUUCAUUUUUAUUAUUUGGGGGAAAAAUAGAAUACGGAAAAGAAACGCUGUACCUAAGUGACGACUAUUUACCAAGAAUAGAUUGCAGUAACACGUUAGGACUCUGAGUGUCGCUGUUCACCAAUCGGGGGAAAAGAGAAAAGAACCAGGAAUUUAAUCCGAACCACAGGGACUUCUGCAUCACAAAGCACUGGCUCUGGGGCUUUAGAAAGCGUCCAGCUGGACCGGGAGCGCUCCAGCAUCCAACGGUGAAAGCACAUUAUCUCGGACCCUGAAGAUCCUGGGGCUGCUCAGGCCUCCACCAAGAGCACAGCCAAGCGCACGCUGUUCA